AUGGCAGCUACACGUGUACAUGCAUGGCUGGAAAGCGAGUGUUUGAAUUCGACAUUGAACGACUGCUCCCCAAACGCUGUUUGUUACGACCUCAGUCGAGGCCAUCGUUGCGAAUGCUUUCCGGACUACGUCGAUUUAUCGCCAGAUCCAGAAUAUCCAGGAAGAGUGUGUGAAUUGCGUCCGACGGUAUCACACUUCGUUGACAAGAGUGAGUCUUUUCGUCUUGCGUUACUGAUACGCACUUGGGUACCGAAGGAGAGUACACAUGUGAAUGUCAUCCCGGCUACGCUGACCAUUCGCCAGACCCGAUUUCGAAGCCUGGCCGAAUCUGCGUUCCUCUUAAAGCUACCCAUAUGUUUGGAUUCUUCGCGAAACGACUGUCACCGUUUGGCGAUAUGCAUAGAGCGUGGCAACGACGAGUACGAAUGUCGAUGCAGGGACGGCUACGUCGAUGUCUCCAAGGAUAAGGAUUAUCCAGGCCGGAUUUGUCGAGAGAUUGUGAACGAAUGUCAGAACCCAUCUCUGAAUAACUGCAGCAGGUUUGCCGACUGUACGGACCUGGAAGUCGGCUACGAAUGUCACUGCCGCGAGGGAUAUCACGAUCAGUCACCAUCGAUGCCGGGACGAAAGUGUUCGUUAAGCAUAAAUGAAUGCGAGAGUACGAAUCUGAACGACUGCGACCGCAAUGCCAUCUGCACCGACCUGGCUGCCGGAUACGAUUGCAAAUGCCCCUCGCCGUACCGAGAUGAAUCACCGGAUCCUGAAAGACCUGGAAGAAUCUGCCGACGUAAGUCUUACAAAACUACCCUGCAUCAGUUUCAAGUUUAUGGUUAUUGCUUACAUACCUGA